AUGGACGGCAAGAACUCUUCGGGUCGCCGCGUCUCAUUGUUAAACGACAGCAUCGAGGCUCCGCACCUCGUCCGCCUCCCCUCCAUCACACCUUCCCUGCGCUCCCGCACUUCGAGCUACACUUCCUCAUCAAUUGGCUCACCACCAACGCCGCGCUUGAUUCGCAGCGACUCCUCCGACUCGGUCACAAUGCAAACCCCCUCGCCAAUCACACCGGAAUUUGGCUUUGACACCUUGUCCCACGGCCUUCCGUCUCCCAACUACGCGCAACAGCAGUAUUUUGAUAUGCCGCCUGGUGGCAUGCAGCCCAAGAGCUUCGGCUCCUACGCGCCCGUUACCCACCCUGGCCCGCUCACCUACCACGGACAGUCUGCCUACUACGCCCAGCCACAGAUGGCAGAGCAGCAUCUCGCACCUGCACCUGCGCCUGCCAAUGCGCGGCCAAAGAAGAACAGCUACCCAUGCCCAAUGGCAAAACAGUAUCAGUGCAGCGACUACUUCACCACUUCUGGACAUGCUGCCCGGCACGCGAAGAAGCACACCGGCAAGAAGGACGCCUACUGUCCGGAAUGCAACAAGGCCUUCACACGCAAGGACAACAUGGAACAGCACCGCCGCACCCACCAGAGCGGUCGGAGCGCCAAGGGCAGCGAAAACGGCGUGAAGAAGCCAAAGCCUGCUGCUAAGCGCCCAAGGCCUUCUCCUCUCAUGUCCUCUGAGCCAGCCAUGUCGCUCCCGAACCUCGAUCCUACCCUUUCCGUCAGCCCUGUCAGCGCGAGCUUCAUGGCGCCCGCUGUGCAACAGGCAGAGCCUCUAAUGGACUUUUCUAUGCAACAACGAUCUGCGUAUCCUGACCCUACCCAGUACUCGAUGAGCAACAACUACUCGUCUUCGGGUCUCGAUGCGCUGGCCAUCGCGGCGAGCGGCGAGAAGCGCAAAUGGGAUGUUUGA